AUGCAGCUUGAACAUAUAGGUGAUUUUACUUAUCCAAGGCUUGCAGAUUUUGGUGCUGCAAUAUCCGGGGCAAAUAAAUUGCAAUGCCAACAAGUUCUUGAAGAGCUAGAUGUGUAUAAGCGAUUAAAACUUACACUGGAGUUGGUAAAGAAAGAGAUGGAAAUAAGCAAGAUUCAGGAAUCAAUUGCUAAAGCAAUUGAAGAAAAGAUAAGUGGUGAGCAGCGUCGUUACUUGUUAAAUGAGCAGCUUAAGGCCAUAAAGAAGGAACUGGGACUGGAGACUGAUGACAAAACAGCUCUUACUGGUAAAUUCAGGGAAAGGAUUGAGCCAAAGAGAGAAAAAUGCCCACCUCAUAUUUUACAAGUUAUAGAUGAAGAACUUGCAAAGCUACAGCUGUUGGAGGCUAGUUCCAGUGAAUUCAGUGUUACCCGUAACUACUUAGACUGGUUGACUGCACUGCCUUGGGGUGAAUACAGUGAUGAGAACUUUGAUGUUACUCGGGCGCAAAAGAUUCUUGAUGAAGACCAUUAUGGAUUAACUGAUGUGAAGGAAAGGAUACUGGAAUUCAUAGCUGUUGGGAAAUUAAGAGGGACUUCACAGGAGAUGAAACAAAGAAAUGUGUCAGGUGUAAAGAGUAAAGACCAAAGUGUUGAUGUGACAUGGUUCCUGAUCUUUCUGAUAUAUGCAGGGAAAAUUAUCUGUCUUUCUGGUCCACCUGGAGUGGGCAAAACAAGUAUUGGUCGUUCAAUUGCACGUGCCUUGAACCGUAAGUUCUUCCGAUUCUCUGUAGGAGGAUUAGCUGAUGUGGCUGAAAUCAAGGGUCAUCGUCGAACCUAUAUUGGUGCUAUGCCAGGGAGGAUGGUACAAUGCCUUAAGAAUGUGGGCACAGCCAACCCUCUUGUUUUGACUGAUGAGAUUGACAAAUUGGGCAGAGGACAUGCUGGUGAUCCAGCAAGUGCUUUGUUAGAGCUUCUGGAUCCAGAGCAGAAUGCUAAUUUUCUGGAUCACUAUCUUGAUGUUACCAUUGAUCUAUCAAAGGAAAAUGACAAUGUUGAAUUUAGCUCAGAAUCACUUGACUGGUGUGUUGCCAUCACUGCUUGGUAAUAUUACCAAUCUUCAAGUCUUGAGGCUUCAAAUGAACAAGCUUAAUGGAGCAAUCCCAAUCGAAAUUGGCCAACUUCAUAAGUUGUCAAUACUGAAUUUGAGCUGGAAUUCUCAGGGUGGAUCAAUUCCAUUUGAGAUUACAAAGUUGAGCAAUAUUACUUUCCUGAACUUGCAAACCAAUAAUCUAAGUGGUUCCAUACCAACAUCCAUUGACAACUUGAAAUUUCUCUUUGAACUCCAACUCAGGGAAAACAAACUAAGUGGUGUGAUACCAAGCAUGCCGGGGAGUUUGCAGGUGUCAUUGAAUCUUAGUAGCAACCACUUUAGUGGUAAUACUCCCAACAAUUUUGGUAAUUUGGAUAGCCUGCAAGUCUUGGAUCUCUCAAAUAACAAAUUUCCUGGUCCAAUUCCCAACCAACUAACUGGAACGUCAACUUUGACACAAUUGUUACAUGCCAACAAUGCACUGCUGUCUGGUGAAAUUCCAAAAUUCAGUCAACAUCUUAAAGUUGUAUCUUCUGGAACUGGUCUAAUAAAUAAUACCUCACCUGACCAUACAAUAGCCAAUAGGCCCAACAUUGUCUCUAAGAAGGGAAUAUCUGUUCAUGUGACAAUUCUCAUUGCAAUUGUACCAGCUAGUUUUCUUGUUGGCAUUGUAAUUCAACUGGUUGUCUCAAGAAAAAGUUGUUGGCAACCUCAAUUCAUCGUAAGUAAUUUAUUAACUCCUAAUGCAAUUCACAAAUCAAGAAUUAA